AUGCUGCUACUGUGGCUGCGCGAUACCACCGGUGGUCGGGUUGAGGUCCCCGCCGCCGUUGUUGCGCAGCUGGACAGCGGCGCUGCCCGAGGUUCCAAUGGACGACUGCGCGAGUUGCUGCAGCGCUGCGAGGGCCGCCCCGCUACGCGAAAGAAGAGAGCAGGUGGUGUGAUGGAGUUGUGCUGUGGCGUUGUGCAUGCUGUCUCGUCUGGCGCAGUGUUUGACCAGCAGUUUGCCCGCAGCGCGGCACUUUUCAGGCGGCUUGAAGCAACAGCAGCGGCAGCAGCUGCGGCGGAAACGUCGGUGGGCCGUACGCCGGGGUGA